CGUCUUCAGCUGCAUCGAGCAACUCUACGGUAGCAUCGUCUUCUCUCCAAGCGAUGGCGGCUGAAAUCGUGAGAAGAAGUCUUAAAGCAUCGAACUUUUCCCUUCUUAGAACCCUAACCUCUUUCCAAACUCGUAGUUUCAGUAACUUAGCAGAAUCUGUACAACCGGAAUCUGAUGCCCCAUCUUCCUCAUUCACUUUCUCUGAGAAUUCGGGCGAUGGAGACUCGAAUUCUCAGAGAAAAUCAGCAAUCGAUGAUAAUAUCUUCAUAAAGGGUCCAAAAAAGGCUUCUUCGUCAAAAGAAGCGGAAUCUGUGACGAUGCCUAUGUCUUUCAUGACUGGAUCAAUUGUGGGAAAGAGGUUUUAUCAGAAAGUGACAACUAGAGAGGCUGAAGAUGGAAAUGGUUGGAGUGUUAUGCUUGAUUACCGUACACUUAAAACCCCUUCUAAGCGCCCUCUCAAAUGCCCCACUCUCGCUCUUGCUAAGGCUAUUGCUGCUGAAUGGGAAUACCAGGAAGUAGAUGGGAUCAGGCCCUUUACUAUGCCAUUAAUGAAACUUUCAUGUACUGCACUAGAAAGAGUUCCACUGACGCGUCAUAAGAUAAUUGAAUAUUUGAUGAAGAAAUUCCCUCAAGAUUUAGUAUUCUGUCGUGCUCCAGGGGAUAAUGAUCUGACAAGCGGAGUUCUUGAGCGUCAAGUAGAGAAAAUUGAUCCCCUUCUUAAGUGGGUAGAGUCAGAAUUCGGCAUCAAACCCACUGUACACACCAGUUUUUUUGGUGGCAAGCAAGAUGAUGGUCUUGUUAGCGCCAUCGGAAGCGUUCUCAAGAAAACAGAUGAUUGUGAAUUGGCAACAAUUGAUGCAAUUGCUUCAGCUGCACAUUCAUUAGUCAUUGCACUUGGAAUUUUCCGUGGUAGAUUGGGGAUUGAGGAGGCUAUUGAGUUGAUUAGGCUUGAGGAAGAUUUGCAGGUUGACAAUUGGGGUCUUGUUGAAGGUGGUCAUGAUGUUGAUAUUGCAGAUUUAAGAGUUCAGAUUGCUUCUGCAGUGGUGUUCCUUGGACUUACAAGGAGGGUAUAAAUUUUGGUUAAUCUUUUAGUGAGUUUUACUUAAGUUGAAGUCACCAACGAGGUGAAGUCAAUAUGUUGGGUAGUUGUAUUAAGCGUAUUGCUUUCACAAGGACGAGAGAUGAUUGCUGGGAUUAACCUGCUGAUGAGGAAUAAUGAAUAUAUUUUUCUGAAAUCGAA